ACACAGAGGCUCCUCCCGCGGUGACCGCACUGGCUGCUUUCGUUUCCUCUCGUGACAGGUGCUUGGUUGGUCUGUCCUGUCACAGCGAGGUAUGAAUCGUCCUCGCGAGAUUUGUCCACAGGCAGAACGAGGCCGAGGGUUGACGUCCCGGGCUUCUCAGGAACCAGUGCCCUAAGGACUUGUGUGUGAGGGAGAUGACCCAGAGGCAGUUUUGAGGAUGAGGUGCCUGGCGGGCGCACAGUAAGUCAGCAGCAGAGCUGACACCCAGGUACCCUGUGCUCUCAGGCACCUCCUUUGUGCUCCUUGUCAGCUUGGACGUCCCUUUGGCAGCUGCCUCUACCCACCUGAGCAAAGGCCCCUAGUGUGGGGCCUCUGAAUCCCAUGGGUUUGAGACUUGGUCUCUUUUAACAUGGUUCUCCAGGGAGGAGAGAGACGUUUACACCGGUAGCGAGGAUCUCGAUGGGUGAGGCAUCCUUUCUGUAAAUCUUCAGGGGUCUGCGUGCCUGAUAAUGCUUCUGGAAGACAGUAGUUAGAACUGGGGCUCGUGUUGAGAGCUUGGGUUACUCAGGCCUUUUGGACUCAGAGUUGUCUGGGUUCUGGUCCUUUCUACUUGUCCUGCUGUUUAUUAAACUGCAUCUGUAUUUCUAACUCUUCUUUGCUGUGCUGCACAGCAUCCAAGGGCGGCCUCCCAAGGCUUCUGAGGAGGCUGGGAGAGGGUCCUGUGAUGCAGCUUCCAGCCUCCUGGUAGUAUCCCAUCUCUCUAGUGCUUGGGGGAUAGGGAGGCUUUGUUUUUGCUUACUUUUAAGGAAGGGGAGAAGAACAGAUCUCGGAUAAGUGGCUUUGUGAUUUGGGAGGCCUGGAAUACAGAUGGCGGGCCCCGCAGAGUAACAGCCAUCAAAAGCACACCAAGGUGGCCUCCUGCCCGGCCCAGCACCAUGCACACCCUUGUGUUCCUGAGCACACGGCAGGUGCUCCAGUGCCAGUCAGCUGCCUGCCAGGCCCUGCCCCUGCUGCCACGAGAGCUCUUCCCCUUGCUCUUCAAAGUGGCCUUCAUGGACAAGAAGACCGUGGUGCUGCGCGAGCUGGUGCACACGUGGCCCUUUCCACUGCUCAGCUUCCAGCAGCUGCUGCAGGAGUGUGCCCACUGCAGCCGGGCCCUGCUGCAGGAGCGGCCUAGCACAGAGAGCAUGCAAGCCGUGAUCCUGGGGCUGACUGCCCGGCUCCACACCCCGGAGACUGAGGCUGGCACACAGCCCCUCUGCAGGAAGCACACGCUGCGGGUGCUGGACAUGACGGGCCUUCUGGAUGACGGCGUGGAGCAGGACCCGGGCACCAUGAGCAUGUGGGACUGCACAGCAGCGGUGGCCCGCACGUGCAUCGCACAGCAGCAGGGCGGGACUGCAGAGCCCGGCCUGGCCCCCGUUCCUGUGGAGGUGCGUGUGGACCUGCGGGUGAACCGGGCCUCUUAUGCAUUCUUGCGGGAGGCACUCCGUAGCAGCGCGGACAGUCCACUGCGGCUCUGCUGCCGGGACCUGCGGGCUGAGGACCUGCCCAUGCGCAAUACCGUGGCCCUGCUGCAGCUUCUGGAUGCGGGCUGCCUGCGCCGCGUGGACCUGCGCUUCAACAACUUGGGCCUGCGAGGCCUGUCCGUCAUCAUCCCACACGUGGCCCGCUUCCAGCACUUGGCCAGCCUGCGGUUACACUAUGUGCACGGGGACUCUCGGCAGCCCUCUGUGGACGGCGAGGACAACUUCCGUUACUUCCUGGCCCAGAUGGGCCGCUUCACCUGUUUGCGGGAGCUCAGCAUGGGCUCCUCUCUUCUCUCGGGGCGGCUGGACCAGCUGCUUAGUACCCUGCAGAGCCCCCUGGAGAGCCUGGAGCUGGCCUUCUGUGCCCUGCUGCCUGAGGACCUGCGUUUCCUGGCACGGAGCCCCCAUGCUGUCCACCUCAAGAAGCUGGACCUGAGUGGCAAUGACCUGUCCGGCAGCCAGCUGGAGCCCUUCCAGGGUCUGCUGCAGGCAGCAGCAGCCACGCUGCUGCACCUCGAGCUGACCGAGUGCCAGCUUGCUGAUACCCAACUUCUGGCCACACUUCCUGUGCUGACUCGUUGUGCCAGCCUCCGCUACCUCGGCCUUUACGGCAACCCGCUGUCUAUGGCGGGCCUCAAGGAGCUCCUGAGGGACUCGGUGGCACAGGCCGAGCUGCGCACGGUGGUGCACCCUUUCCCCGUGGACUGCUAUGAGGGCCUGCCCUGGCCACCGCCUGCCUCUGUCCUGCUGGAAGCCUCCAUCAAUGAGGAGAAGUUUGCCCGCGUGGAGGCCGAGUUGCACCAGUUGCUACUGGCCUCAGGCCGUGCCCACGUGCUCUGGACCACAGACAUCUAUGGGCGCCUGGCUGCAGACUACUUUAGCCUGUGACCUCCAGGCUGUGGGUGAGAGUUAGGCUGUCCUGGGGUCCAGGGCUGCUGGAGGCCUCUUGCCCCUUGGAUAGUCAGAGCCUUUGGGACCUUGCUGGAGGCCUGACACGAAGGCACUAGUCUCUGAUUUCUUUGCUCCUGGGCGCACCUUGAGCAUGCCCAUGCUUUUUGCAGCACCCUGUGCGGUUUGUCCUGCACCUGCUCCCCUGACUCACUGACCAUCUGUGGGCCUGAGGGCUGGAUUCCAGGCCUACAUGGCCCUGCCUGGUUAGGCUGCACUCAGCUGCCCUCCGGUGUCCUGGUUCUGUCCUUGGAAUGUUCCUGGGAUCUGUGAGCUGAGAGAGGAUGUUUUCCUUUGGGCCCUCCCCAAGAGCAGACUGCUCUGGGGUGGAAGUUUGGACAGGGGCCUGCUUCAAGGAGGGUUGGGCUCCCAGGCACUCGGGGGCCUCUUAACGUUCUCCUUUCCCUGGCACACAGAAAACUGCCUGUCGGCCGGGUUUGGGGGCCAGAGGGUGUCUUUAAGGUACAAACGUGCAGUAUGCUUAGAA